AAUCCCCACCAGAAAUCAGAAGUCAAAGUUAACCAAGGGGACAAACCGGGAAGGGUGAACUAUCCGGUUACUCUGAGUGCUCCUGUCACGCUUUACAGUAAAGAAGUUAAAUUAUAUUUUGAACGUUUCUCGUUAAUGUGGUUUGGUAGUUACAAAAAGAGGUUAAUUGGGGAGUGUUGAGGACUUGUUUGCACCUUUCUCUGGUAUUUUUACGCGCUGUGCCAGCUGUUUGCGCACCUGAGUUUGUGCAGCGUCAACAUGACUUUAAUGCAUCUGAGCAACUAAACUUUCAUGGUGAAAUGUCUUACCGGUGACAUGCCUGCUGUGGUGAACCCUGGUAAAUGCGCAAUCUUUCGCUGUGGAAUAACCACCGGAGUCCAAGUGUCAUCAGGGAGAAGCUGAUGUGGCCGUCUGGAGGAGCGCACCAGUUUGAUGUCAGCUGGGAUUUGACAGAGCGCAGGAGUUUGAGAUGCAAGAGAGACCUUAGAGCGACAAUCCUCGGCUACUUUUACCUGGAUUCAACACGGGCUGCCCAGAGCCAUGGCCUCUGAGGUGGUGUGCGGGCUGGUCUUCAGGUUACUGCUGCCGGUGUGUCUUGCUGCUGCUUGCCUGUUCAGGUACAAUGCCCUGUCCUUCGUCUACCUCAUCUAUCUCCUGCUUAUUCCGCUCUUCGCAGAGCCCACAAGCACAACAAUGCAGGGCCACACAGGGCGUCUGCUGCAGUCCCUCUGCUUCACCAGUAUGUCCUUCCUGCUGCUCCACAUCAUCUAUCAGAUUACCAUCAACAGCCUCCUGGCAGGGAACUCCAUCACCUCUGACUUCAACUGUUCCACGUGGGAGAAAUCCAUAAGACAAAUUGGCUUUGAGAGUGUGAUUGGUGCAGAUGCAGGGAACGGCAUCCGAGUGUUCAUCCCUGACAUCGGCAUGUUCGUGGCCGGCUUGGCCAUCUGGCUGCUGUGUCGCAGCCUGGUCCAGAAGAGGCCGCCUGAGGACAUGGCACAGUACAACGCCGACUUUGAAGCAGAGGAACAAGAAGAAGAGGAGAAACUGAGCCUGGAGGACAACAUCCUGCUAGAGGAUGACUUUGAAGCGGGGUACGAGGCCGAGGAGGAUGAGGAGGACGAGGAGCUGGACGAGGAGGAAGACGUGGAGGAGGAGGAGGAGGAGGCGAAGGAGAGCACCAAGAUGAAGAUUCUGCGGCACAUGGCGGAGGUUGCAUCCAAAGUGAAGGAGAUUAUUGGGAACUUGAUCACCACUGCGGGGAAGGUGGUGGUCAUCGUCUUGUUGGGGAUGACAGGCAUCAUGCUGCCCUCGUUGACCUCGGCUGUCUACUUCUUCAUCUUCUUGUUCCUGUGCACCUGGUGGUCUCUCUGCCGGACCUUCGACACACUCAUCUUCAGCUGCAUGUGUGUCCUGAUGGCCAUCUUUAGCGCUGGACACCUCAUUGUCCUCUACCUCUACCAAUUCCAGUUCUUCCAGGAGUCCAUCCCACCGGACGACAGCUACAUCCGUGUAUUUGGCUUCUCCCCCCUUGUUCAGAGCAACUGCUCCUACACAUGGAAGCUCAUGGUGCACCCGGAGCGUAAUUGGUACCACUUUGUCAAUCCCAUCAUGCUACUGCUUCUCUACUACACCCUGGCCACACUCAUCCGCCUCUGGCUGCAGGAACCAAUCGACCAGCUGACGGACGACAAGGAUGGCGAUAUGUGUGAGGAGGAAGAUCUGGUCGGAAACAGUACAAGUAACUCUGCCAACAGGAAGAGGCAGCUGUGGUGGGAGUCACGGCAGGGCACAGAUGAGAAAAACCUGCUCUCUACCCAGGAUGGCAUCAGUACAACGGAGGCUGUGCCCACCUCAAACGGGACGUCCUUUGAUUUCGUCACAACUGAGAAUGGACCAGUCUGUCUGGACUUGUACUCCACCCCCCAGUAUAAAAUGGACCAGCCCAGUGAUGGUACAGAGAAGAAGGAUGAGUGUGUGUAUGAAGUGUGUUUGCCACUGGAGGAUUCGCCGUUGGAGGGAGGAGAGGAGAAGUCUGAGGAAGGAGAGGAUGGGAUUAAGAGAAGAGGAGUCAGUGCGAUGGUCAAAAUCUUCCACUUCAUCAUGAAACAGAGCUACAUCUGUGCUCUCAUAGCCAUGAUGGUGUGGAGCAUUACAUACGUCAGCUGGCUGACGUUCGUCUUCCUCAUCUGGUCUUGCAUGCUGUGGAUGGUGAGGGACCGGAGGCGUUACGCCAUGCUGUCUUCUCCCUUCAUGGUGGCCUACGGCAACCUGCUGAUAGUUCUGCAGUACAUUUGGACUUUUGAGAAAAUGACGCCAGUCCCGGAGUUCUUUGUACAGAAGAACAACCCUUUCCACUCACUUUCAUCCAAGGUUCUGUGUAUGCUGAGCUUCUGGCUGCUGCUGAGACAAACGCUUACAGAGAGACGGGAAAAACAAAAGGAAGACAGUGCUAGUCUCUCAGAUGUUCAUGUGGAGGAUCAGAAGAAGAAUGAGGAAGAGGACUCUGAGGAGGGAGGGGAGCAGGACAUCAUGCAGGUUCUGGGCAACAUGGUCAUGGCUCUGCUGGUUAAAUACUGGAUCUACAUAUGUGGUGGCAUGUUCUUCGUCGUCAGCUUCGAGGGAACCAUCGUCAUGUACAAGAUCAUCUACAUGAUGAUGUUCCUCUCCUGUGUGGCACUCUAUCAGGUGCACUUUGAGUGGUGGCGAAGGAUCCUGAAGUACUUCUGGAUGUCGGUGGUAAUGUACACCAUGCUGGUCCUCAUCCUGGUCUACACCUACCAGUUUGAGAGCUCUAUGAGCCGUUGGUCCAAGAUGUUGGGCAUGGACGAAGAGAGCUUGAAGGACCUGGGCCUGGAGAAGUUUUAUCUCUCCAUGCUGUUCACCAGGAUUUUCAUUCCCACUUCCUUCCUGCUGGUGUGUAUUCUCCACCUGCACUACUUCCACGACCGCUUCCUCCAGCUCACCGACCUCCAGGCUAUAGUGGCCAAAGAGCAGAGCACUAUCUACAGCCACGCUAAAGUCAGUGGGCGUGUCUAUCUGAUCAUGAACAGCAUCAAGCAAAAAAUUUCCACUCAACCGAGCAAACUGGUGGGAUCCGAUGGCAGCCUGGCAGACCUCACCAUGCUCAGCGCCAGCUCGGUGGAGGCAACGCUGCCCAGAGAGGAGCAGGAGGAGCAGGGGGAGCGGGAGGAGCAGAGGGAGCAGGGGGAGCAGAGCGAGUGGGGGACGAAGGAGAAGGAGAAGGAGAAGGAGAAGAAGGAGAAGGAGCAGGCCCUGGUGGUGGUGAUGUAUGACACUGACAUGAAUGACGCGAAGGCUAGGAGCUUCUCUGACCCGCGGCAGUCCAGCACAGAGGAGAGCCACCACUGCAGUGCUGGGACCGAGCCAGAGCCGAGCACCGAGCAGAGCUCAGAUCUGAAGAAUAAAUGGCACCUGGUGGUCGACCGUCUGACUGUGCUCUUCCUCAAGUUCCUGGAGUAUUUCCACAAACUGCAGCUGUUCAUCUGGUGGCUGCUGGAGAUCCACAUCAUCAAGAUCGUGUCCUGCUACAUUGUCAUUGUCUCUGUCAAAGAGGUGUCUUUGCUCAACUAUGUGUUCCUGGCGUCCUGGGCCUUCGCACUGCCCUACAGCCAGUAUCGGCCCCUUGCCUCCAGUGUUUGCACUGUCUGGACGUGUGUUAUCAUCGUAUGCAAAAUGUUGUACCAGCUGAAGUCUAUAAACCCACCAUCGUACUCCAAGAACUGCUCUAUGGAAAACUACUCAAAGGACCAGCAGGCUGAGAUGGAGAAGUCUCUGCUGUAUGAGAAACUUGUGGAUCCAGCCGUGUGGGUGGGCCUGGAGAAGUCUAAGGACCUGCUGGGCUACCUCAGGAACAACCUCUUGAUGCUGGCUCUCUUAGCAUUCGAGGUGACCAUCUACCGCCAUCAGGAAUACUUCAGAGUGAGGAACAAACUGUCGCCUCCCGCCGCCAGGAUUAUCUUCCAUGAUAUCACACGGCAGCAUCUGGACAUCGGCAUCGUCAGCUUCAUCAAAUACUUCAUCAACUACUUCUUCUACAAGUUUGGACUUGAGACGUGCCUGCUGUUGGUGGUCAAUGUAAUUGGGCAACGUAUGGACUUCUAUGCCAUGCUUCAUGCCUUCGCCUUGAUAGCAGUCAUGUAUAAACGCAGGAGGAAAGCCAUCGCUGAGAUCUGGCCCAAGUACUGCUUCUUCCUGGCCUUCAUGCUGACUUUCCAGUACUUUAUCUGCAUCGGGAUCCCACCCGCAGCCUGUAAAGACUAUCCCUGGAGGUUUCCCAACUCUACUACAGACUCCAAUGUGGUCAAGUGGCUCUACGCUCCAGAUUUCCUCACCAAACCCAAUCCAUGGUUCCUCAUCUAUGACUUCAUGUUGCUGCUGUGUGCCUCUUUCCAGAGGCAGGUCUUUGAUGAUGAGAACAAGGCGGCAGUCCGCCUCAUGGCUGGAGACAACGUGGAGAUCUGCAGAGACCUGGACGCAGCCACUUUCAGCGUCCACAACCCCGUCCCCGAUUUCAUCCACUGCAGGUCCUACCUGGAUAUGCUGAAGGUCAUCAUGUUUAGCUACCUGUUCUGGUUUGUCCUCACCAUCAUCUUCAUCACGGGGACCACACGCAUCAGUGUCUUCUGUAUGGGCUACCUGGUGGCCUGCUUCUACUUCCUGCUCUUUGGUGGUGAGCUGUUGCUCAAACCAAUCAAAAAGAUCCUCCACUACUGGGACUUCCUGAUCGCCUACAAUGUCUUUGUAAUCACCAUGAAGAACAUUUUGUCUAUUCUGGCUUGUGGCUACAUCAACUCUCUGAUUGAGAACCAGUGCUGGUUGAUCCAGUUGUUCAGUCUGGCCUGCACCAUCAAGGAAUACAAAAUCAACGUCGACCAAGAAAACCGGCCUGCCGAUCAGCGCUGUGAGCUGCCCAGCAACGAGGCCGGGAUCAUCUGGGACAGUAUCUGCUUCGCCUUCCUGCUGCUGCAGAGACGAGUCUUCAUGAGCUACUACUUCCUCCAUGUUGUGGCUGAUAUCAGAGCAUCACAGAUCCUCGCAUCCAGAGGGGCGGAGCUUUUCCAGGCCACUAUAGUGAAGGCGGUGAGAGCCAGACUGGAGGAGGAACGCAAAUCUGUGGAGCAGCUGAAGAGACAGAUGGAGCGCAUUAAGGUGAGGCAGCAAAAGUUUAAGAGGGGCAAGGAGAAGAUGCUGAGCAUGGCGCAGGAGUCUGGAGAAGGACAGACCCUCGUCCAGCCCGGGGAGGAUGAUGAUGAUGGAGCACAGCGAACGAAAGCCAAGACCAAAAAAAAGCAGUGGUGGAGGCCGUGGGUUGACCAUGCUUCCAUGGUUAGAAGUGGAGACUAUUAUUUGUUUGAAACUGACAGUGAGGAGGAAGAGGAGGAAGAGGAGAAAAGAGACGAUGAACCACCAAAGAAGUCUGCGUUUCAGCGAGCUAUUGGGAAGUUUGUCUCUGCUGUUCUGGCUUUGCCUAAGUCUAUCAUUAAGCUGCCUAAAACUAUACUGCAGUGUGUAGUCAAGGCAGGCAAGUUUCUUUAUCACGCCUGGAUCACUGACCCCAAAGCUGCCCUGAGGGCACGAGGCAAAGAGAAACGCAAAUUUUGGAAAAAAUACACCAAGGGAGUUAGACGCAAAAAAAGCAAGAAAGAUGCAGGUCAUGUGGCCAUAGAGGUUGGUGAGCUCUCAGAUGGGCAAGAAAAAGGAGAGGACAACAAGAAGUCUGGUGGUCCAGACAACAUCAUCAAGCGAGUGUUCAACAUCAUAAAGUUCACCUGGGUGCUCUUCCAGACGACGGUUGACAGCUUCACCAAGUGGAUGAACGAUAUGUGUAGGGAGUACAUCGACAUCUCCACUGUGCUGCGUAUAGAGCGCUGCAUGCUGACCAGAGAGGUCAAAAAGGGUAAUGUGCCGUCCAGAGAGAGCAUCCACGUCUACUACCAGAAGGCCAUGAGGCUCAACAUGUCCAGGCAGGCCAGUAUGGAUCAGCUAAGCGAGGACGAGUUUGCCUCGGGCUCCACCAGGGUCCGAAAAAGGCGAGGAGGCUACCGCAUGGAGAGCCAGGACUCCACAGCCUCCAGAGACAGCAUUUCCAGUGCCCCCACCGAGGCAACCACACUGUUUUCGCGCCAGUCCACCCUGGAAGACCUCGAUGGAAUGCCAGAGAGCAGUCCCAAAACCAGUCAGCGCGCCAGGCCCAAACUGUGUAAGAUGUACAGCCUGGACAUGUCCAAUUCAUCAAUGGACAGUUGCAGCAGCUUCAUAUCCAGUGAAGCGACCCAGUGCGUCACACUCUACUCCAGACAGGGGACCACAGAUACCAUAGAAGAAGUGGAGGAUGAGCAUGAUCAAAGGGAAGACAAGCAGCAGGUUGCCUGGGAAUCCCAACAGCUAGAUGAGAGCCAGGGGGCCGAGGGCGGUCCCUGGAGUGACGGAGAACCCAGGGAGAAUGAGGAGGAUGAGGGCCAUGAGAGACUGGAGGGUGAGGAGGGAGUAGAGGUACCUAAGGACCAGGAGAGCAAAGAGAGAGAAGAGGCUCCCUGGGAGUCCUUUGGCCCAGAUGAGGGCCCCUCCCUCAGGCUGGAGGAGGCAGAGUCUGCCCCUUCUGCCCAGGAGAAGGACUUCAUCACUGAGAGUGAGGACGGGGGAGGACAGCAGGACUUCAUGCAGACAGAGGGGCGAGUAGGGCUGCUCUACACCCCUGAUACAGAUGCUUCUAAAACGUCUGACGCAGACGUGCCUCCCAGCUACAGCAAAGCGGUCAGCUUUGACCGUCUGGAAGUUAGCGAUGACGAGAGUGACAUGGAUAGGAAGAGGCGUAUGGUUAUGACCUCUGACAGCCGCUCAGACAGCAGGUCAGACAUCAUGUUGCCGUCUAUGACCACUGAGCUGACCGCCAGCGAACUGCUGCUCAACAAGAUGUUUUAUGAUGAGGAGCUGGAGCAGUCAGAUGCAUUCUACCAAAAGCAGCCGCUGAUCCUCCAGCUCUGCUACGCCCUCUACAACAUGCUGGUGGCCCACUCAGAGAUGGUGUGCUACCUGGUCAUCAUCAUCAACCACAUGGUGUCUGCCUCCUGCGCCACCCUGGUCCUUCCCAUCACCAUCUUCCUCUGGGCCAUGCUGUCAGUGCCCCGGCCCAGCAAGCGCUACUGGAUGACUGCCAUUGUCUAUACUGAGGCCACCAUCGUCGUCAAGUACUUUUUCCAGUUUGGCUUCUUCCCCUUCAACCAGAACAAGAUAGAUAGGAAUAAACCAUAUCACCCUCCCAACAUCAUUGGUGUGGAGAAGAAGGAUGGUUACGUCCACUAUGACCUGGUUCAGUUACUGGCUCUCUUCUUCCACAGAUCCAUUCUGAAGUGCCAUGGUCUAUGGGAUGAGGACGACCCCAAAGACAAGAGAGAGCCCUCUCGUCAGAGUGAGUCAGAGGAUGAGGGAAGAGACAAGGAGGAGAGUGAGAAGGAGUCUGAACCCUCAUCACUGUUCAGUGAGAGGAGAGGCUCCACUCACACUUUGAGAUCCAUAAGCUUUGGGACCUCCAUUGAUUCAGGACAUGUCCAGGUGCACUACCCUCAACAGCAGACCUAUCAGCGUCGCAAGAGCUCCAGCGGAGGCUCGCACAUCUCUCACCGAUCUCUCCACUCCUCUGCAAGGUCCAAGAGAGGAAGUACCACUUCCCACAACAGCAGCCGCAAGGAUGGCAGCGAGGCCAGCGUCCAUCAGAAGACCCGCAAACAGAUGAUCAUGGAGAAGCUGAGGGAGCAGCUCCUCAAAGGAAAAGCUUUCAUCCUAAAGCGGUUCAUGGAGAUCUACCUUCCUAUGAGGCAGUUCUUCUAUAACUUGAUCCAUCCAGAGUACAGUGCAGUCACAGACGUCUAUGUGCUGAUGUUCCUUGCUGACACGGUUGACUUCAUCAUCAUUGUGUUUGGAUUCUGGGCAUUUGGUAAACACUCAGCUGCAGACAUCACGUCGUCUCUGUCGGAGGAUCAGGUGCCAGGACCUUUCCUGGUCAUGGUCCUGAUCCAGUUUGGGACUAUGGUGGUGGACCGGGCCCUCUACCUCAGAAAGUCCGUCAUGGGCAAGGUCAUCUUCCAGGUCAUCCUGCUCUUUGGCAUCCACUUCUGGAUGUUCUUUAUCCUGCCAGGAGUUACAGAAAAGCGUUUCAGCGAGAACACAGUCGCUCAGAUGUGGUAUUUUGUCAAGUGCAUCUACUUUGCGCUGUCAGCCUAUCAGAUCCGCUGUGGUUAUCCCACCCGGGUUUUGGGAAACUUCCUCACCAAGAGCUACAAUUAUGUCAACCUCUUCCUGUUUCAAGGUUUUCGCCUGGUGCCGUUCCUGACGGAGCUGCGAGCCGUGAUGGACUGGGUUUGGACUGAUACCUCGCUGUCUCUGUCCAGCUGGAUUUGUGUGGAGGACAUCUACGCUCACAUCUUUAUCCUCAAAUGCUGGAGAGAGUCUGAGAAGAGGUAUCCCCAGCCACGAGGCCAGAAGAAGAAGAAGGUGGUGAAGUACGGGAUGGGAGGGAUGAUUGUAGCGCUGCUGAUCUGUAUCGUCUGGUUCCCGCUGCUCUUCAUGUCUCUCGUUAAGUCUGUAGCUGGAGUCGUCAACCCACCGCUGGAUGUUUCAUUUACAAUCACUCUGGCUGGCUUUCAGCCCAUCUUCACCAUGAGCGCACAGCAAAAACAACUGCAGAAUGUGACACCAGAAGAAUUUGGAAAAUUUAUGAAGAGAUAUAUUGGUAAAGAUGAAGCCUUACAGUGGCUGGAGGGCUACAUGUACCAGGACCUGAUCAUCGCAGAUCUGAAAGGCAGCUCGAACUCUCUGUGGACCAUCAGUCCACCCAGCAGAGCCAACCUGAUAGAUAUGUUGGGCAGAGAUGAGGAUUUCCCCAUCACUGUGUCCUGGUCUGUGCAAAGAAACUUCAGUCUUGGUGCCAAGUCUGAAACAGCGUCUGGAAAACGAGUGACGUCUCUAGACCAAAAAACAAAGCUGGAGCUCAUAACGCUUCUAAAUGGGACAGGAAGCAACUCACAAGUGACCCUAACGAAUAUCUUCCCUCGUUAUAUUCGAGCCCCCAGUGACUCAGAUGCCAAGCCUGUUGACCAGCUUUAUGAAGGUGAAAAUAAAAUGUUUAACAUAACCUUGACCUUGAAGCGAGCUCAGAAUGACUCGGAUCAGAUCCAGGAGUGGUGGACCGUCAACCAGACAGAGCUCGGCCCGAUUGAUAAGAGGUCUCCAAAUUCCAAAAAGUAUGAAGCAGGCCUGGAGGUCUACAUCUUCAGCGACCAAGUCAGCCCGCCCAGUUUGGGCUUUCUGGCUGGAUAUGGCAUCAUGGGCUUGUAUGCCUCUGUGGUUCUGGUCAUCGGCAAGUUUGUGCGCGAGUUUUUCAGCGGGAUUUCCCACACCAUCAUGUUCGAGGAGCUGCCCAAUGUGGACCGCAUCCUCAAGCUGUGCACCGACAUCUUCCUGGUCCGAGAGACGGGGGAGCUGGACCUGGAGGAAGACAUGUACGCCAAACUCAUCUUCCUCUACCGCUCGCCGGAGACUAUGAUCAAGUGGACCCGAGAGAAAACUCAGUGAAACUCAGCGAGGGGACAUUAACUAACGAAGGCGAGUCUGAGCUUUUCGGACAGGAGCUGCUCAUUUGGAAAAACUGGGUGGUCGCUCUGUUGGUUUGAGCAGCUAUUUCAGCCCAUUCACCUGCUGAGGUAGCACAAAGCAGCUGAGGACCAGCUCUGUCCUCUUCAACUGAGCUCUGAUGGCAGUGAUACAGUGUUAGCUCCACACUAAAACACUUUCUUGAGUUAUAAACUGGUAUUUUCUACUAUUUACUGAUGAAAAAACAACAAUUGCAGUCAUAUUAUUAACAAUUGAGGACAAACAUUUGUAGGUGCUGUAUUUAUCUUGCGAAACCUGGCACAGUUUGGCAUCCAGUGGAUAAAAUAAGCAGCUGGUGUUCAGUUGGAGACGGAGAAAUCUUUUAGGACAAUUUUCCUAAGUUAUAAAAAGUGCUAUCCCUAAUUUAAAGGUAGGUUUUUAAACACAAAUGCAAAAGAACCCUCAUUGCUCGUCCCGCCUGCCUCUAACAUUUUCACAAUAGAGAGAAGCUCAACUGAAUGCAACAUUAAUCUUUAAGGGCUUCACACCAACAAAUACGUGGACAAUAAUGACCACAUGAGCACAAUCCCAUAUUUUCUCCAACUAGAACGCUUGGAUCGUGGGACUGUGCAAUAUUGAGCUCUCGUUCCUCCAAGUUUUCGAAGGAUGUGGACCGAGGGAAAAGGCCUGUUCUGACCAAGAAACAUUAAGACCACUUUUUUUUUUUUUGGCCACAUGGGAGCCUCUCCAGAGACACAACGCAGAAAACAUUAUCAGACAAUCUUUACUUGCCUUAUUUUGUUUGUAUGAGAAGAACUGAAACUCUUAUCAACUACAUAUCUUUCUCAGGAAGAGCUGUUUUCACAGAAAUUCAUCGUAUGAGUUAUAUGUUACAAUAUGUAGGUGAUGGAUCUAAAAAAAACAUAAGAUUGUAGAAAAGAUGAAAACUAUUUAAAUGGCAUGAAAUUUAAUGUGGAUAUUGUUCAGACGGACUGAUGUGAGUAUGUUUACUGCACAGGGAAACAGUUUAAGGCUGUAUCAAGAAAAUAAAUGUAUCUCUGUGUACUGUUUUCCUCACAGAGAAUGAGAUUAAUUGCCAAUCAUCCAUGUAGUGAAUCAUCCACAGGUUGGCUAGAGUCGAGACCAGCAGAGGGCUGUUUCUGAAUCAGGAUAACAUGCAUUAGGUGGCAGACUCUUGCACAUCACUUGUGAACCUCUCGCUCUUUUUAACAUUCAAGGAAGUCGUCAAGGAAGAAAUGAGCAGACACAAAAACGAUUCCUCACAUGAAGGGCUGGAACAUGGUCCAAACUAUGCAUUAGAGGACAUUGUAGCAUGAUAGAAAAACUUCAUUAUUGUCAUGACUAAUUUUCAUCACAUGUACAUACAAGUUUAAGGGGACAGGUCAGGGUGGAAUGAAAUGUGAAAUUGUACCUGUAUGUUAAGGCAUUGUGGUAUGAGGUCCAGAGAUCUGCAAAUAAAACGUCUGGAAAGGU